AUGGUGGCCCCGGCGUCUAUGGGAGGGAACUCGACAGGCGUUCAGCCUCCAGCGAGCAAUCAACCCACACGGUCGUCCAGCACCCACCCAUCGCAUUCCCAUAAUGUGCCCUUGAGCGCUCGACGAUCUGCUCCCCUGGAUCUCUCCACAGUUGAGCGGCGAGGGGGGCCCAAUGCCCCUCGAGAACCCAGCAAACGAAUCCGUCCCCACGGCUUGCAGGAAGCCCCGACAUUCCGUCCGACGGAGGAAGAGUUCAAGGAUCCCGUGGAAUACAUCCGCAAGAUCGCUCCUGAGGGCAAGAAAUAUGGAAUUUGCAGGGUCAUUCCGCCCGAGAAUUGGCAACCAACAUUUGCGAUUGAUACUGAGCGGUUUCACUUCAAAACCCGCCGACAGGAGCUUAACUCGGUGGAAGGAGGUAUGCCCCCGCGUUCAGCUGCGUUCGCUGCCGGUGGAGCUCCGCAGCCCAGUUCUGACCUGGAACCAGGAACUCGUGCGAACUUGAACUACCUUGAUCAACUAGCCAAGUUUCACAAGCAGCAUGGUACCAACCUCAAUCGCUUCCCCAGUGUCGACAAACGCCCGCUGGACCUCUUCAAACUCAAAAAGGCUGUCGAGGUUCGGGGUGGUUUCGAUCAGGUUUGCAAAACAAAGAAGUGGGCAGAGAUCGGGCGCGAUCUUGGUUACAGCGGCAAGAUCAUGUCCUCCCUCUCGACAUCACUCAAAAACUCCUACCAGAGGUGGCUUCAACCCUACGAAGAGUAUCUACGUGUAGCAAAACCGGGGGUUCAGCAGCAACUGGAGCUGGAACACGGCGGUCCCUACACUCCAUCUCCCCACCAGUCACCGAUGGCGAAGAAACCCUCGUCGAUCGACAAUAAUAGCACCGCACCGAAUAGGCAGCAGGGAACACCCAUCGUCCAACCGGCUCUCCCUCCACACAUUCCUAAAGAAGUCGAGGCGACCCCCGAUAAGCCAACCCCUCCGGCCGAGCCCGCCCCUCGACCGGUUGCAUCUGGAUUCACACCUGUAAAUUCCGGUGGUUUUACUGCGGUCAAUCGAUCCCCAUCCUUCGUGGCCGUGAAUAGCAGCGGUCCCACCGUGAAACGGGAAACAGAGAAUGGAUCGAUGACUCCUCAAAGUGUCGCCGAGCAUCCCCAAAACUCAACACCCGUUCCGAAUGGCAAUGGAACCCACCCCAUGAAGCGUGCGAUUAGCCAGGACAGUGGUUCACAAACCGAGAAUGGUGACACUGAUGCAAAUGGUCGGCGUAGUAAGCGCCUCAAGAAAGGCGAGACAGAUGGGCCGCCUCCACCGACCGUUGCUGGUUCGCACAUGAGUCUCCUCCGCCCGGCUCCACCAAGGCCACGCAAGAGUGAGAUCCGAAGAACUGGAGAAAAGUGUGAAAGCUGUGGGAAGAACGAAGAUUGCUCAUCAAUUCUUGUGUGCGAUAGUUGCGAAAACGGGUAUCACAAAUACUGCCUUGACCCCCCUCUGACUACCCCCCCUGAAUACGACUGGCACUGUCCCAAGUGUUUAGUAGGCACAGGCGAGUUCGGGUUCGAGGAAGGUGGCGUCUACUCUCUUAAGCAGUUCCAGGAGAAGGCAAGCACCUUCAAGAAGAAUUAUUUCGCUUCCAAGAUGCCCUUUGACCCUGUUCUGAACACUCACCGGCGCGAGUCUGAGGAUGAUGUUGAACGCGAGUUCUGGAGAUUGGUUGAGAGUCUGACGGAGACUGUCGAGGUUGAAUAUGGUGCCGAUAUCCACUCGACUACCCACGGUAGUGGAUUCCCUACGGUUGAGCGAAAUCCCCUUGAUCCGUACUCCGUCGAUCCCUGGAAUUUGAACGUUCUGCCAUUCCAUGGAGACUCGCUGUUCCGUCAUAUCAAAUCUGACAUCUCCGGUAUGACGGUUCCCUGGGUCUAUGUUGGCAUGUGUUUCUCAACAUUCUGCUGGCACAAUGAGGACCAUUACGCCUAUUCGGCCAACUAUCAGCACUUUGGUGCUACGAAGACUUGGUACGGAAUCCCAGGAGCUGAUGCGGAGGCUUUCGAAGAAGCCAUGCGGCAGGCAGUACCCGAACUCUUCGAGGGUCAACCCGACCUGCUGUUUCAGCUUGUCACUCUGAUGCCACCAGAUCAACUCCGAAAAGCCGGUGUCAAUGUUUACGCAGUUGACCAAAGAGCCGGUCAAUUUGUUCUCACAUUUCCCCAGGCCUACCAUGCUGGCUUUAACCAUGGGUUCAACUUCAAUGAAGCUGUCAACUUUGCGCCCGCUGACUGGGAGCCCUGGGGCGCCAUGGGUGUUGAUCGUCUCCAGGCUUUCCGAAGACAUCCAUGCUUUUCUCAUGAUGAAUUGCUGCUGACCGCGGCUGCUCGUGAUUCAUCCAUCACAACGGCCAAGUGGUUAGCCCCGGCGCUUCAACGAACCUGUAGCCGAGAACUGGCAGAUCGUGCCGGGUUUAUCAAGCGGCAUCGGGAGGUAGCCCCCCACAAUUGCACUGUCGGCGUGGAGAAUGCCUCAACUGCAGGCGACUGCCAGCUCAAGUUCCUUAUUGAGGAGAGUGAUCUGCCCGAGGAUGACUACCAAUGUCAACACUGUAAAGCAUACACCUAUCUGACACAAUUCCGCUGUCACAAGACUGGGAAAACAGUCUGUCUGAUGCAUUUGGAGACAUAUGAUUGCUGCGGAGAACCUCUCACGCAGAGAUUACUGGGACCGGAUCACACAUUCCGCUACCGGAUUAGCGAUGAUUCAUUGAAAGCCGUAGCGCAGAAGGUCCAGGACCGUGCCAGGAUCCCGGAAGCAUGGGGAGAGAAGCUCGACAAAACACUGGAGGAUGAUCCAAAGCCCCAACUGAAGGUCCUUCAUAACCUACUUAAUGAAGGUGAGAAAAUCCCAUACCAUUUGCCCGGUCUCCAAGAUCUUGCGGCCUUCGUCCAGCGCUGUGAUAAGUGGGUUGAAGAAGCAACCAACUACAUCACCCGGAAGCAGCAAAACCGGAGAAAAAACGAGAAGGCCUGGCGCAAGGGUAGUUCCAAGGCCGCGCAGCUGGAAGAACGUGAUCGUGAAGUUCGCAGAGUAGAAAACAUCUACGCCCUUCUUGCAGAGGCUGAUAAACUUUCCUUCGACUGUCCACAGAUGGCGGCUCUGGAAGAGAAAACCCGCGAGAUCGAGAAAUUCCGCCAGGACGUUAACGCUGCCCUCAUGAACCCUCAUAUCCGAUCCGUCCAGGAAGUAGAGGACCUAGUGGAGUCCAGUCGCAAUUUCAACGUGGAUAUACCCGAGGUUGAGGGACUAGAACAUAUUGUCCGACAGAUGAAGUGGAACAACGAAGCACGUGGCAAACGUGAUAAAUACCUGACCCUAAAGGAAUGUCAAGAGCUCAUCCUGGCCGGUGAGCAACUGGGGCUCUCAGACAACAACGAUCACCUCAUCCAUUUCAAGGACCUCUGUCGUCACGGUGAGACUUGGGAAGCCAAAGCCAAGGAGUUAAUGUCCGUAGAAGCUGUUCACUACCAACAACUGGAAGCCCUCUCCGCACAGGCAACGCGCUUUCCAGUCUCUCCUGACACGCUGGCUGCGGUAGAUGCGAUAUUGACCAAACAACGUGAAGCACAGAAGCGAAUACAGAGUUUAUAUGAUAGGAGCAAGGAUCCUGAUUUUCGAAACCGCCCCAAAUACAAGGAAGUGCGUGAGCUCAUGGAGUCACUGGAGGAAUUGAACAGUCGGCCAACCGGUGCGAUUGAUUUGGAGCGCGAGCAAAAACGACAUGAGGAUUGGAUGAGAAAAGGCAAAAAGCUAUUUGGGAAGGCCAACGCUCCCUUGCACAUUUUAAAGGCGCACAUGGAGUAUGUGGAAAAGAGAAAUUCAUACUGUUUCGACUUGGAGGAUCGCUGCCGGCCACCUGUUGAGCCUGCCUCGCGAGACAACACCCCUGAUGGUCUUUUGGAGAACAGCGCCGCCACUAGCAGUAUGUGGGGUGGUGGGAAAUCGCGGAAGCGUGACGUUUUCUGCAUUUGUCGGCAUUCCGAGGCUGGGAUGAUGAUCGAGUGUGAAGUCUGCCACGAGUGGUAUCACGGUAAAUGCCUGAAGAUCGCAAGGGGCAAAGUCAAGGAAUUCGACAAAUACACUUGUCCUAUCUGCGACUGGCGUCAAAAGAUUCCCCGGGAUGCGGCUCGCCCAAAGAUCGAAGAUCUACAAGAAUGGCAGGCUGAGAUGAUCGGCCUUCCAUUUCAAGCUGACGAGGAGCAAAUUUUGGACAACAUUGUCAACCAGGCAAUCACUUUCCGCGAUUUCCUUCAAAGCUUCACUAACGCUGCUUGUACUACGACUGAGGAGGUUCCCACCUUGAUUUUCUAUCUGCGCAAGAUCGAAGGAGCCGAGGUUCUUCUCACCUACGAAACUAAUUUUUUCCGGCAGGAGAUUCACAAAUGGGCGCCAGUCGCCCCAGAACCUCCUCCAAUCCUCGAGCAAUCCCUAUCGACUCGAAAGCCGCGACCAACGAAGCAGCAGAAGAUCAUGGCACAGCUCGGUGUCGAGCGUCCAGAGGAUCUCCCACCUCACCUACGCACGAAGCCCCCAAAUCUUGCCAAGCGCAAGUCGUUAGAACCUCAGACAGCUCGACCUGCAUUCCUUCAGCCAGCGCCUCAGACUCCUGGCGGUAGCCAUAAUGCAGAAGCCUCCGGCAAUGGCCCUACAUUAACCCCAAUGUCUGAUCCUCAAAAUGCUCCCUACCCUUUCUCUGCAAAUUACUCCCUUCCCCCCAGCGACACUACGCCGGCCUUUGCCCCAGGUUCCUCCGCGUUCUUGCCCCAUGCCGCCGUUCACUCACCCUCGUUCCCUCCACGCUCACCCUCACCCCGCCAUCAAGGACUUGAUGCCUCUCUCUUCAGCUCACCUCAAUAUAGUCGGGAUCAGACUGAUGGGCCUCCUGGGGUUGAUGUCGACGGUAACAAUCCGUUUGGCAGUAGCCCUCGACAGAACCUGGAUGACGUCUUUGCCGACUUGACGAACCAAGAUGUUGAGCCUGAUCCUGAACCAGAACUUGAACCGGAGCCCAUGGAGAACACACAUGCCAAUGAGGCUCUUGAGGCUCUUGAUGCGAGCAACAGUGGUGAGGACUAUUCAGAGCCGAUACAGGGUGACGAUUCCCAAGACGGCGGAGCUGGUGAGGCCGUAAACGGCCAGGCCGAAGACACCGCCGAAGGUGCUGGGUCUGAUGAACUUUAA